AACCCCCUUUCUUCUUGGCCCGCAACGGUGGCCAACCAGGAGCGUCGGCGCGGAAUCGGCGCCUGCAUGCCAUGGGUUGAUCAGCGCGUUCUUUUGCCCUUCCCAGGUGGCUGGAGACAGCCUUUGCGCGUCGUUAAAUUGGAAGUCCUUCAUAUACGCGGCUCCCCUGAGAGCAUUCUCGGAAAGAUCCUGUAUGCAGCAGGCACUCGUCGUCCACGGAUUGGAAUGGAUGCGACAGGACUGCAGCGUGAAGUCGAGGACCGUUCGUCCGUGUCUAAAAAUGGCGACGAAGAAGCUGGGCAAAACCCCGAUCCCGUCGGCGCCAUCACCCACAGGACCACGAGGAAGACGCUCGUGGCGCGUGGGUCGCCAGAAAGUCAAUUGAUAUUACAGAGUAUACAGAGUGCACUGUCGAUGGAGAUAUAA